GGAGGGGAGCAGGGAGGGAGCCCUCUGGCUGGAAUUUCUCACUUGGGUGUGAGGACAGAGGGACAAGCACUGGAGGAGUCACUGCUGGUGGGGUGGGGUGCAGGUGUGAAUUCCCUCCAGGAGAUAGUGGGCUGUGAAAUCCGAGAAGACAACCAUGCCUGGGGCUUCAGGUUUCUCUACUAUGAUGGGGAGCGCCUCCUCUCCUGUCACCCAGAGACCCACAGAUGUACAGUGCCCCAGUCCUUGGCUCGGAACUUGGCCAUGGAAAUGGAGAAGUCCUGGGACACAGAUGGCUUUCAAAGCAAGUAUUACCAGGCCCACGUGGAGGGAGAGCUUUGUGGAAGACUGCGAGGUUAUUUGGAAUCCUGGACAGGCUUCAGGGAGAGAACAGGGCCCCCAGCCGUGAACGUGACCCGCAGCCAGGACUUGGAGGGCACAGUCAACCUCACCUGCUGGGCUUUUGGCUUCUUUCCCCAGAAUAUCUCAGUGGCCUGGUUUUGGGAUGAGGAACACAUGAGCCAGGAGGCCCAGCGGUCUGGGGGUGUCCUGCCUGAUGGGAACGGGACCUACCGGACCUGGGUGACCAUAAGAGUUCCCCAAGGAGAGGAACAGCGUGUCGAGUGCCACGUGGAACACAGCGGGAAUCACGGUGCACACACUGCGCCCUCUGGAAAGACCCUGGUGCAUCAGAGUCAGUGGCGGACCAUCCUGGGUGUUGCUGCCUUUGCUCUUGUUUUUAUCAUCGGGCUUUGUGUCCUUUGCUGCACGAAGAAGAAGACAGCAUCAACUGUGGGGAGCCCAGAGCCGUUAGCCUACAAGACCUGGAUCAAUGCCAGAUGGAGCCAAGUGACCAUAAUGGCCUCACACAACUGGGAUUUCAGUCCUCGUUGUCAGACCCUGCGUCCAUCAGUUCCACUGGGGGAGCUUAGAAUCUGCCGCCAGAGCCCUGUAUUCAGCUCCCUUUUCUGGUCUUACUAGCACUUUCCCUUUUGUGUGUAUUCUGUUAUUUAUCCUAUUAUUUUAAAAUUGUUUUUAUUUUUAAAAAUUUAUUAUUAUUAUUUUUUGAGGUGGAGUUGGUUUACAAUAUGGCAGUUUUCCCUCUUGAUGCCUCAGUUUCUUCAUCUAUGAAAUGAGAAAAAUAGUGUUUAUUUCCAGUUGUGGUGGGGACGAUUAAAAGCGUUCAUAUAUGUGAGGUGGCUGCAGCUGCACUACACUAGUCACUAACUCUAUUUUUGUUUUUUUAUGUUAUAAUAGAAUACAUGGAUAAUAAUUCUGUUAUUACAAACAAGCUUUAUCAGUAAGUUUCCUCACUGUGGCUUCUCCCAAAAUGACUAAUAGCAGAUUUUUGGAAACUUGAGGUUCCCUUCACACCCUGUCACACCUGUAUAUGCAUUACUUCA